CAGGCAGCCAACCUCAGGAUCCAGUGGAGAUGGAAAUAAGUCGUUGUUUCCGAAUAUCUGCUUUAUACCCUCCCGGAGCCGCGGUGUAACGUUCAGGACAACUUAUCGCGCGCGCUGUGUUUUUUUUUUUUUUUUUUUUUUUUUUUUUAAACAUUUUGGAACCCACCAGCGCGAGCUAGCUUAGCAGCCUACCGCCGAUACUGUGAGACACACAGGUACAGGAGAGGAGAGGAGGGGCUGGUGACAAAGGAAGGUGGCGAGGUAACGAUGAACCGGUUCCGAAAGUGGCUCUACAAGCCCAAGAGGACGGACCCUCAGCUCCUGGCCCAGUUCUACUACGCUGAUGAAGAGCUGAAUCAGGUGGCCACUGAGCUGGACAGCCUCGACGGCAGGAAGGACCCUCAGAGAUGUACCCUGUUGGUCAAUCAGUUUCGCUCUUGUCAGGACAAUGUGUUGAACAUUAUCAAUCAGAUCAUGGAUGAAUGUAUUCCCACCGACCGGGCCAACAGAGACUUCUGUGUCAAGUUCCCCGAGGAGAUUCGCCAUGACAACUUGGCAGGGCAGCUGUGGUUUGGAGCUGAGUGUUUGGCCGCUGGCUCCAUCAUCAUGAACAGGGAGAUAGAGAGUAUAGCGAUGAGGCCCCUUGCUAAGGACCUUACUCGCAGCCUGGAGGAGGUACGUAACAUCACCAGAGACCAGGCCCUGAGAGACCUCAACUUGUACACGGACCGCAUGAAGGACGCAUUGCGACAUUUCGACAGCCUUUUUGCUGAGUUUGAGCUCAGCUAUGUGUCAGCCAUGGUGCCUGUCAAGUCUCCCAAAGAAUACUAUGUACAGCAGGACGUGAUUGUGCUCUUCUGUGAGACUGUGGAGAGGGCCCUAAAACUGGGUUAUCUCACUCAAGACAUGAUCGAUGACUAUGAACCUGCACUGAUGUUUACAAUUCCCAGACUAGCCAUUGUGUGUGGGCUGGUUGUGUAUUCAGAGGGACCUCUCAACCUAGACCGAAAAUCUGAGGACAUGUCUGAGCUCUUCCGGCCUUUUCGGACUUUAUUGAAGAAAAUCAGAGACCUGCUGCAGACCCUGACUGAGGAGGAGUUGAUAACACUGGAAAGGAACUUGUGUAUCUCUCAGGACGGGGAAUUGUCCAUAGACGAGGGGCAGGCCACAAACAGCUCACCAGCUUCCAUCCAAGAGAAUCACUCAUCCUGCAGCCUUGAUAAUGACACCUCCAAGAAGGAGAGUGAGGCGGAGCAGGAGCAUCUGGCUCUGUUUGUCUGUCCCAGCCAGGAGGAGGAGCUGGCAGAAGUGGAAAGGGGCUGGGAGGGGGAGCAGGAGCAGGGCCUGCUGUGCGAGGAGGCGGAGGAGGCCGAGUUGGCCUGCUCCAUGCAGUACGAUGAGGAGGAACUGGAACAGCUCAACAUGAUGGUGUACCGCGUGGGGGACGAGAUGUCCACCCUUCUGUCGCCUCCCAGCCAGGGUCAGUCCCCAGCGCACCACCCUCAUGGAGGGGAGGCAGGAGGCUCCAGUGGGACUUCCAGCACUGAAGCCUCCCCCCGCAGGCUCCUGGUGAGCCGGGGAAGGACAGGCAUCUACGUAGAGGAGGAGGACAAGGUUUUCUUCAUGGAGGACCUGGACGCAGCAGGAGACAGCAUCACCAGCAUUUCAAGAGAGGCAUGUCGUUGUAUUGCCUCUCCUUCCAAAGCACCAGAGUCUGCCCGUCCUGUACAGCGCAACCCGGGACCACGGCCAGACUCCACCAGGAACGGCUGGUACCCUGAGGCCCAGUCAGAGCAGCCGUGCCCACGUCCGCGCAGCCAGAAUGCACACUGUCCUCAUACAAAGCGCCCUCCCUGCACUUCCGCUCCUGGCUCUGAAUCUCUACCUUACACCAACGGGUGGGAUAUGGGUUUGGAGGGGACAGCGUCUGAAACGGCUGAGGUCAUCGCUCACCGUAUGGGUGGGAUGAAGCUGUCUGCCACAGUCAUCUUCAACCCUCGCUCUCCCAGCUUGACGGAGCUAGCUGUAGACAAGCUGUUGCUGCCUCGGCCUGCUCCCUCAGAGAUUGAGCCCUGUGGCCCUCUGGUGGCCACUCACUGCCUGCUCAACUCCUGUGUCUGUUGUGGGAGCUGUGAGGACGGCCAUGAGGAUACCAUCGGCACAGACACCACUGGACUUGGGUUAGGUAUUGCCCUGGGAUUGGACAAACACUGCAAGACCGCAGCCCCCAGCACUGUCAUCCAGUCCUCUGCCUGCCGUCUGCCCCCGCGAGCUCACGAGCCUCACAGUAAAGGUGAGCUUGCCCAGCUGCCUCCCCCUACUUCCCGCUGCCCUGCAGAAACCCUGGAAGAGGAGUCAAACUCGCAACUCUGUGAGAAGUGCCUGGCUGUGGCUCCAGGGCCAGGGCAUCAUGCUCAGGACUCUGGGUCCAGCAGAGGGGACGUAACCUCUCCGUGCAACCACCAGCUGAGGAAUGAAAAGAGGCAGCAGGCCAGUGGAGGUCGACAGAGGGAAAAAGAGACAGACAAGGACAAACCAGGAACUAAAGACUCAAAGAGGGACACCAAAGAGGACAGCAGGAGGAGCUCCAGUUCUCAGAGCUCUCCCCUCAGCUCUGUAUCAGGUAGUGACUGUGAGAGCGUGUCCGUCACCACAUGUAGUCUGUCCAGCAGUGCAUACACUCCCAGCCCUGUCAGCAGUCUGACCCCCAGCUCAGGGAUGUCAGAAGAUUUGGACCAUCAGGAGAUCCAGCUGGCCCUGCAAAACGCCAAGUUGGCCGCCAGGAACAAGAUCCGAUCACGCUUCCACAGCAGCAGCGACCUCAUCCACCGUCUCUUUGUUUGUAUAUCAGGCGUUGCUGAUCAGCUGCAGACCAACUAUGCUAGUGACCUUCGAAGCAUCCUCAAGACUCUGUUUGAAGUCAUGGCAACCAAGUGUGAGGAGGGAGACAACGAUAACCACAAGAAAGCAGGUCCUGUUCUGCGUAGUGCCGUGCUGGAGGACUGUGCUCUCUGUCAGGAGACCAUUUCCUCAUCAGAAUUAGCAGCCAAGGCCCGGGACGGCCACUUCGAAGACCCUCCAGACUGGGUCCCCGAUGAAGCCUGCAACUCCUGUAUUGCCUGCAAGGCUCCCUUCACUGUCAUCCGCAGGAAGCAUCACUGUAGAAGCUGUGGAAAGAUCUUCUGCUCUCGCUGCUCCUCUCACUCUGCUCCUCUGCCUCGGUAUGGCCAGGUGAAGCCCGUCAGGGUUUGCACGCACUGCUAUAUGUUUCACGUCACCCCCUUCUACAGUGACAAGGCCGGCAUCUAAUCCAAGACUGUCACUGAAAGCACACAGUCCGCCACAACAAGCAUAUGCAACGGAAAACUUGAUGGUCAUCAUCAUACCUGCUAAGUGAGGCUUCAGAAUGAGGCCGUUACAGAUGACAGAGCAGAGAGACGAGACACGCAGCCGCGAGCGAUGAUUCGACCCGUUUGUGUUGCUUCAGAGAGACGUCCCUGGGAACCAAAAGGUUUGAUUUUAGUGUCCAGCCAACACAAAGAAAUGAUCCGCAAAUGCCUGUCUGACUAAAGAGGUGCAAAACAGAGAGGAGACAAACGGGCAAUAACAGAUUUUGAACUGUCGUUGCGCAGCAGUCCUCUGUAGCAGGUUGCAGCACAAAAUCAGAGCAGGCCACUUUGUUUUGUUGCUUUAUGUGUAAAUGACAGGACUUGUGACAUAUUUUCCUAUGCUUUAGCGAGCUUCCUACAUUUGUGCCAGAGCUCCCACGGGACUCGGAUUACUCAAAAGAAUGUAAGUCAUGAUAACCAUGUAAAUAAGGAUAAUUCUGGUAAUAGCUACACUACAAUGUCUUCAGAAAACGAUUGGUAUUUAUAUGGGAACUGGAAGAGCAAUCUUCACCAGGCUACCAUUCCCAGUAAAGCAAAAAUGAAAAACAGACAGCUUUUAUAUUGAGAUUCUUUCAUGCUUUUAAUGGCAAUGAAUGUGUAAUUCUGUAUCACUUUGUGAAAUGGCGUCUAGGUUCAAACAAGUUUUGACUGCUCAUCUCUUGACGGCAAUGGGCUGUGCCCGCCGCUUUUACAGUUGCACCGUGGCAUGUUUAGUUUUCUUUGGGGACUUUGCUGCACACUGAGAUGGAUGAAAGGGACUCCUCAGUCAUCACUGUCAGGUCUUGAAGGCCCCCUAGUGGAGAGUUGACCUCUCUUCGCUCAGUGCUCUCACCACCGUGUUGUGUACAAUUUGUUCUGAACCAGAGGCCUUCUCAGGUGCUGGCCUACAGACUACAGGCCAAUUAUUGCCCUUUGAUUUCUCGUCCUCACACUCGUUAUAGUGCAAUAUUGUGACUACUAACUCUAAUGGUCCUGCACAUUUUAGAGACGACACUAUUUAAAUUGUAGUUACAGGCCAUUUCUGAGGAGAUAAGUUAUGCUGAUUUGGGUUUACACUAAAUUAUUUCCAGCUCUGGUGGUACUGGUAUCGGACAAGAACAGAUAUUUUGUUCGCAGACUGACUUCCUUUCCGCUCUUGAAUCUGCUUCCAUUGCAAUGACCGCAUACAAAGUAUCUUCCAUGCUCAUGAUAUAUCACAGUUUGUACAUUUGAAUGGUCUGAAGUGGCCACUCUACAAAUGUGGACCUUUGAGCAACAUCGCCGAACAUUACAUCGUUUCCAUUCUGCUCUGACGCAAGGCAGUUUCUCAGGCAUUACAUAAUCAAAAUCACUCACUUCUCUUCUUGGAUCAAUCUUAUUUUCAUCAAAGGACACAUAAACUCAGUUUGAAAAGUUUUUUUUUCCUUUUAUAAAGAACAAAAAUAAUGUAUGAAGCUAUAAUCACUUUUAUGUAAAAUACAAAAAAUCAUGCAGUAAUUAAAGGGCGGGAUAUCAUAUUAUUGUUUCAGAGCUUGGGUCUUAUUUUGUAAAAUUCCAGGACAUUUCCACGUAAGGAGCUGUGUAAAAUACUCAACAAACAAAUAAUGUUAUAUAGUUUUAAAUGCGAUGUAUAUUGAAAUAAAUUACUUUUUCCUGUUAAAAAA